AUGUUAGGCGCAAAAGUGUGGAGGCUGGACUUGGAGGAUAAACAGGCCACCCCCCGAUCAAGUAACCCCGUUGAUAAAAAGUCACCAGGAGGUGUCCCUAAUCAAAAUAGAAACCCAAGUAGCGGCAAUUCUGACAACGACGGAGCACUAGCAGCACGCAGGGGUCCAGGAGGACCUAUUCCUGUAGGUAGAGGUGUGCCUGUCUGGCUCCGAGGUCGUGGCAACAAUGGAAACUCAGAGGGAACAAUGCUGCUGCUGGAGGCGAGGAUCAGCGGAUAUACGAAGGCCCUGGAUCGGUUGAUACUAGAAUUAGCCUCUAUCCUAAUGGUAUGCUACUUGAACAAAGCCAAAAAACACACGGAUCAUUUCGCAAAACUCACACGUUAUUUGGCGGCCAAGGAGAUACGCAAUGAACUUACGGAAAGGCGCCAGGGGUUGCUUCAGCAAUUAAGACAGAGGCCCGAUUCUUCUAUUACAUUUUCGGAAACGAUGCUUUUCCUUUGGCCAGAAGAUGAAAUUCCAGUGGAGACAGCUCUUGGGAAAGACCUGGAAGCUCUGGAUGCCAUCCGUGAAGAAUUUGGCUAUUAUAUCUAUCUAUAUAAGGAAUCUCCAGAUGAGCAAAAAUAUAUUCGAGUCGAUGGUCACGAUCACGGAAUUAUCAUCGAAAUUGUCAAGCGGUUCCGAGCAAAAUGGGCGAACCUUGUGACGGAAAUGGGCAUCAAAACCAAGUUAUAUCUAGUCCGAAUUCCUAACGUCGAUCUCCUGAAAACGGAAAUAGGCUUGGUCGAAUGCCGCCGACCUGGUUGCCGUACUAUCGAGGCAGUACCUGUACUCUUCGGAGGACAUUUAUAUUCGUCUGAUUUGAGAGUUAGCUUUGAUAGAGGAAAUUUGCUUUCUUCAAAGAACGAGCUUCGCUUGCGUAGUGCCGUCAAUCAAGCUCUUCAGAGCGUGCGAUUCCUAGUGGGCCAUGUGCGAAUGCGGGUGAAUUUUGGGAAAUUUGUUCUUGAAAAUUACCGAGUUCCUUCAGAUUCGAAGCCACGGUACUCGUUUGAAGAAUUUCGAAACAUGCUUUUCUAUGGGGGAACAAAGGGCCGUCUUAUUCCUGGCCUUGGAUUUAAGCGCUGUGAUGGUGACUUAAUAACUCGAUGUUCACAGGCUUCAGAUAUCCUUACACCGUUUGACCCACAGGUCGAAUUGUUGGAAGAUAAUAAACCGUUCUACGCCGUAAAUAUCGAAUUUGAAGAUGUUAAUGAAGCAUUGCUCCGCUUGGAGGCCGAAUUUAGAGAGUCCCGUUUCAGCCCCGAUAUUUUUGAGGUGUCCCAGCGACGGUGGGUAAAGCCUCAUGGUGACUAUGGACUUGGAGAUAAACGACCACCACUUCAAAUUGGGGUUGUAGACUUCGAAAAAUCUGAUUGGCAAUUGGAAAUCAAAGCACUUGACUUUCAGGAACUGUCAACCAUUGAAAAAUCUCUAAAAAGCUUUGCUCACUCAGUCCAAUUCAAGAGCGGUCCUACAGAUGGGCUUCGUGGUGCUGCGAAACAGCGAGUUACAUUUUCGGAUUUUAUUUCUGUUUCUAAAGUUACGGAGAAAUCAGCGCUUAGGUAUUGUCUGAAAGGUUCUAGGUACAUCUUUGAGCUUGCGCGGUAUGAUACGUACCAUCCCGCCGUUCAUUCAGGUCCCAUUUAUACCAGCAGCAAUUACCGUAACCAAAUGAACCAAACGGCUGAAACGACAUGGGGCGCAUCCAUAUUUCACGACGAAUGGGAUAACAUGCUAGGCAAAAUUGGUAGCUUCAGGAUUGGGGAAGCCGCCGAUUGGAAUGCUAGUCUGAUCACCUUCUUUCCCUACGUUGAUGAUGUGCCCUUGACAGAUGUUAAUGCUGGAUUUAACCAAUUCAUCCACUUAGUCAACCAGGUAGCACUGCUUUUGGCUCCCGAACGAGGUAGUGAUGUCACUGAGCGGUUUGAAGUUGCUCCUAGUGAGCAUAUUAAACCUACGAAAACGAGUAAGGUCCCAAACAAGUCCUAG